AUUUACUUUCAGCUAGUCGCUUGACAAGUGAUCUAAAUUGUACUCUGACAUUUUUCCCAGACUUUUGUGUUCUGCAAGACGUACCAUCCAGAAAGCUGAUUGGCGUGGGUAAAUUCCGUGAUGGUCUUUAUUACUUGGAAUCUCAAGAAAGUGAAAGGGUGGCAAUGUCAGUCUCUAUUAGUUCAGAUAUAUGGCAUCAACGGUUGGGACAUGCAUCCGAUGGAAAAUUACAACAUAUUAAUUCUCUCAAGGGUUUUCGACAGAGUGAUAAUUUUUGUGAUCCAUGCAUCCGUGCUAAGCAGACUAGACUACCAUUCCCUACAAGCUCCAUUAAGACAACUCGCUGCUUUGAAUUGAUACAUUGUGACAUAUGGGGAGGCUAUAGAUGUGAUUCACUCUCUGGAGCACGGUAUUUUCUAUCUAUUGUUGAUGAUUUUACUAGAGGUGUGUGGGUUUAUUUAAUGAAAAAUAAAUCCGAAGUUUCCCAAUUAUUAAUUCAAUUCUGCAAUAUGGUUGAGACCCAAUUUGAGCAAAAGGUGAAACGAAUACGGGCAGAUAAUGGUUUAGAAUUUCAAACCAACAACUUAUUUGAUUAUUAUGGAUGGGCCGGAAUAUUAUUAGAAACAUCAUGCACUUACACACCACAACAAAAUGGGGUUGUGGAACGUAAGCAUAGACACAUAUUGGAGGUUGCAAGGGCACUACGUUUUCAGUCCGGGUUACCUAUUGAUUUUUGGGGAGAAUGUAUUUUGACUGCUGUUUACAUCAUUAAUAGGCUUCCGUCACCCAUCAUUUUUAACAAAAGUCCUUUUGAAAUGCUAUUCGGGAAAGUGCCUACCUAUGAUCAUUUGCGUGUAUUUGGAUGUUUAGUAUAUGCACACGAUAACAAACAAAAAGAUAAAUUUGGUGAAAGGGGAAGUCCUUGUGUAUUUAUCGGCUAUCCACAUGGCCAGAAGGCAUAUCGAAUUUUUGAUUUACAAAAACACACUGUUUAUCACUCUCGAGAUGUAACUUUUUAUGAAGAAAAGUUCCCUUUCAAAAUUUGUUUGGAUCAAGAACUUGAUUUUCCCUCACUUGUCGACAAAGCUUACAAUCAAAUUUUGUGCCAUGAGUGUCCUACACGGCCCCAUAACAGCUCACCGAGUAGCACUGUACUUCGUACGAUGGCUAUACCCGAACAACCUUCAUCUGGGCAGGACGUUUUCAGCCUCACACCGGCUGAGGCAGUCACCUUGGAGCCUGAUUUAUCAUGUGAAGAGCAGCCAAAUACGUCCCACAUCGAUCAGCCACAACAUUUGUCUACCUCUGGUCCUUCACGUGGAGCAGCAUGCCUUGACCACACAUGUAACACCGACCCCGAGCAUAUUUACUUUUAGUAAAUUAUGUAAUAAACCUUGAAAGAUGGUUGAUGAAUUUGCGUAAUUGUAAAUUUUUAUUAUUUCUUUUACGUGAAUAGUAAAUUGCAUGUGGGGCCCACAGCGGGAAUGUGGACCGCCC